UCAACGAAGUUGUUAUAAUUAUUAUAUAUAUAGAUACGUCGUGACUGCGUUUUCAUUCCACCUAAUGUAAAAGUGUAUUAAAAUUUAAUAAAUUAGUUUUCAGUAGUUUAUAAAUAUUGGCCCAGCCUGCCGCCCACAGCACCAACAUGACCGAAUCCAUAAAGUCAUUACUGGUCUCCUGUUUAGCCAUUGUUGCGGUUCUACAUGUCCUUUACCAGCCAACAGAUGCGACUGGUGGUGCGUUGCCUCUGACCAGUGAAAAUAUUGAUAUGACAUUAGCGUCUAACGAAUUGGUUUUCCUUAAUUUUUAUGCGGAAUGGUGUCGGUUUAGUAAUAUUUUAGCGCCAAUUUUCAAUGAAGCGGCGGAUAAGAUUAAAGCGGAAUUCCCGGAAGCUGGGAAGGUGGUGCUAGGCAAAGUGGAUUGUGAUCGGGAAACGGCCAUUGCCUCCCGUUUCCACAUUAGCAAAUAUCCCACACUGAAGAUUGUGCGCAAUGGACAGCUGAGCAAGCGAGAGUAUCGAGGCCAGCGAUCGGCCGAGGCGUUCUUGGAGUUUGUCAAGAAGCAGCUGGAGGAUCCCAUCAAGGAGUUCAAAUCGCUGAAAGAUCUGGAGAAUCUGGACUCCAAGAAGCGUAGUAUUAUUGGCUAUUUCGAUAGGCGAGAUCAAGCCGAAUAUAAUAUAUUCCGGAAGGUGGCCACCAACCUCAAGGAGGACUGCCAAUUUCAUGUUGGAUUCGGUGAAGCAUCGCAGGCAAUGCAUCCACCUGGCACACCCAUUAUCGUCUUCAGACCUGAUGUGGCCUUGUCGCACGAAAAUGAUGAAACCUAUACGGGCAGCCUGUCCAAUUUCGAUGAGCUGAAGGUGUGGAUACAGGAGAAAUGUGUGCCGCUCGUCAGGGAGAUCACAUUCGAGACCGCUGAGGAGCUAACGGAGGAAGGACUGCCGUUCCUGAUUCUGUUCUACAAACCCGAUGAUCUAAAUUCCAUCAAGGAUUACAAAGCAAUCAUCGAGCAACAGUUGAUGGAUGAGAAGCAGAAUGUCAAUUUCCUAACUGCGGACGGCAAACGGUUUGCGCAUCCGCUACAUCACUUGGGCAAAUCCGAAGCUGAUUUACCGGUCAUAGCCAUCGACUCGUUCAAGCACAUGUACCUCUUCCCCCACUUCAACGAUAUGUAUACGCCCGGCAAGCUAAAGCAAUUCCUGCAGGAUCUUUACAGUGGGAAACUGCACAGAGAGUUUCAUUAUGGGCCGGAUCCCACAAGUAAUGAAAUCCAGUCGGACAAUGGUAAGGGUACAUCGCCGCCCGAGUCUAAAUUUAAAGAGCUGGGCCCAUCGAAACACCGUUAUACCUUGCUGGAAAAAGAUGAACUGUAAUAUUACAAAUGUAUAUUCAUUUAAAUAUAAUUAUUAAAAUUUUAUAAAAUUCAAGUCAAA